UGCGUUGCGCAAAACCAGUACCGCUAUUACUCAAACUGACUGGCCGGGCAUUUUACAAGUUCAGUCUCCGUCGGACGUCUGCGCCGGGACGUUUCAAAAAUAAUAUAAAUUCAUUCGAAAGAAGAAAAAAAAAACUGUCAAUACUUUGAGAACGCGGGUAACGAUGAUUUCUGGCUGAUUCCAAGAUAGCCAGUAAAGCAUUGCCAUAGUGUGGAAGUAUCUGAGAAGUAACGAAAAUAAAGAAGGAAGCGAAGGGAUUCGGGAAAGAAUGUCGAAGCUACUGGAAACGUGCAGCAUCGAGGAAGUUUGCAGUGCUUUAGGCGGAAAUGAAAAACUGCUAGUGGAUCUUCGUGAGAGACUUCAAGAUUGGCUGAGGUUGCAGCCGCACCUACCUCAAGAUGUACCGGAAGCCCGACUACAGUACUUCCUGAUAGGCGCAAAAUUGAGUCUGGAGCAAGCAAAGCAAAAACUGGAUAUGUAUUACACAGUGAGACGUCUUGUACCGGAGCUUUUUGCAGAGCGAGAUCCACUGAGUCCUGCAAUCACCACACUCCAGGAUGUUCUCCAAUGGGUCUGCCUACCGAAAUUGACUACAGAAAAAUAUCGAGUAUCGAUUCUACGAGCUAUCGACGAUGACGCUGCCAAGUUUAUUCCCUGGAACUUUUUCAAGUACACGUUUAUGAUCGGCGAUAUCCGCGUGUCCGAAUGUCGUAGUUUAGGGGACAUUUACAUUUAUGACCUUUCGGCUAUGCGACUGGGUCAUCUGACUAAGCUCACGCCGACUAUUCUUAAAAAAUGCGAAGUGGCUGCUACGAAAGCAUACGGAGCAAGAAUCAAGGGAAUUCACUUUAUCAAUGCACCGUCAUUCGCCGAUCGUAUAGUCACCCUAAUCAAGUCGACCAUAAAGCCAAAACUUUCCUCAAGGGUGCACGUUCAUUCCUCGGGACUUGACUCCCUGUACGAAUUCGUACCUCGAUCUGUACUUCCGAAGGACUACGGUGGCGAGCAGCCAUCCAUGGACAAACUUUCAGAUAUGUGGCGCGAAAAAUUGGAGGAAUGGCGACCCUGGUUCAUCGAGCAACAGAACGUACACGUGGACGAGUCCCGUCGACCUGGACCAGCCAUAAGCGGUGACGAUCUCUUCGGAUUUUCCGGAUCAUUUAGAAAGCUGGAUGUCGACUGAGAAAAAGAAUAAUUAUCCGUAAAAACAAGCUCGUCCGACGAGUCCAAUAAUAGUCGAGUGUAAAAGAAAAAUAAUAAAGCGAUCUUACGAGCUCAGUAA